GGUUCCCGCGGGUCCUUAAAAAGUCUUAAAAGCAUUGAAUUUAUGAAUUUGGAAAUAAUACCUUAAAAAGACUUGAAAAAGUCUUGAAUUUUGAUACCUGGGUCUUAAAUUUGUGCAGUAUGUAACUUCUCCGUAUAUCGCAUUCUUUUAAAAAGUUUAAUUUGUCAACCACUAUUACUUUGAUUAAAUAACAGCCUAAAUAAAGAGUGGCGGAACCAAUAAUUGAGAACGAACGCUGCCCCGGGUCGGAAGACGUCACUUUGCUACAGCAUCAUAGCAGCACAGACCAGAGAUAGACAGACCAAGAUACAUUCUGUGGUUAUGGGGAAAUGCAAAUUUAAUGAAGCGUGGCGAGACAAACGAGCAUUUCACUGGGUAAAACCUGUGGAAAACAACGUAUUCAAAGCUUUUUGCACAGUAUGCAAAAAAAAAAUCCAGCUUGGUACCAUGGGCGUGAAGGCUCUAGAGUCUCAUGCUAAAUCAGCCAAGCACAUCAGUUCCAUGAAGGUGAAGGAUCAAACUCCCUCCGUCGCCGGGGUGUUUCAGCCUGCUAAUGUUAGCCAGCUAGCUGAUAAUGUGUCUGAAGUAGCAGGUAACGUGAACCAGCCAGCUGCUAACGUUACUGCUACAGCCCUUCCAGCUACUAGCGCAACGCCCGUUAGUGUGGAUCUGCGCACAGCCUUUGGGUCCACACCAACAAUGAAAGCAGAGGUGUUGUGGACUCUCAACACAGUCGCCAAACAUCAGUCCUACAAUUCAAAUGAGAACGUUUCCGAUCUUUUCAAAUUUAUGUUCCCGGAUUCAGACAUAGCUACCACUUUCACGUGUGGUCCCGACAAAACGGCGUACAUAGCCAAAUUCGGUUUAGCGGUGUUCAUCAAAGAGGAACUGGUGUCCAAAGUCAACAAAUCGCCGUUCGUUCUGAUGUUCGAUGAGAGCCUCAACGAGACUACAAAAAAUAAACAGCUGGAUGUGCAUGUCCGCUUCUGGGACGAGGGACAGGUUCAGUCCAGAUAUUUGGGCUCCCGGUUCAUGGGACAUUCCACUGCACAAGACCUGCUGUCACAUCUCAAAGUAAGCAUAACCUUUUUUACUCUGAAUAUUUCUCAGUUUAUAUUGAUAUCAUUUUUGGGGUAUACACAGUCCUGUAAAGGCAAUGUCACAAUGACCAAUUAGGCACUUCCCUUAACAAUAUGUGCUGCUCAUCUAUUCAUCUUAUCUUGGGUAAUCAAAUGCAGCACUUUUUUCAGGAAUGUAUGGACAAACUGAACCUCAAGGACUUGGUGUCCAUUUCAAUGGAUGGGCCCAGUGUUAACUGGAAACUGUUCGAACUUUUCCAGAAAGAUCAAGCUGAGCAGUACGGAGGUCUUCAGCUCAUUUGUGUGGGGAGCUGUGGCCUACACACGCUACACAAUGCUUUCAAGUGUGGGUUCACUGCAUGGCUGCUGGACAAGUUGCUGAGAGCAAUGCACACAUUGUUUAACAAUGUGCCUGCCAGGAGAGAGGAUUACGUCACCGUAACCAAGUCCAGUGUGUUCCCCCUUUUUUUCUGUGCCCAUCGUUGGGUAGAAAACCUUCCGGUUGUGGAGAGAGCCCUGGUAGUCUGGCCAUCACUUCUUCUGUACAUGGAAGCUGUGAAAACAAAAAAACUCCCUAACCCUGGAACAGGAUCUUAUGACACAGUUGCAGCAGCCAUAAAGGAUCCACUCAUUCUGGCCAAAUUUCACUUCUACGCAGCACUUGCCAGGACCUUCACGCCCUUCCUAACAAAAUAUCAAACAGACGAGCCGGUGCUCCCAUUCCUCUCCAAGGACCUGACCGAAUUGAUGAUAAGUCUACUCAGACGCUUCAUAAAGAGAGAAGUUCUCAACGAUAUCACUGCCCUGCAGCUGACCAAACUGGAUGUCACAGACAAGACCAUCUGGCUCAGCCCACAAAACAUCAGCAUUGGUCUAGGGGAUGUCAUACUGCAGCAGUUUGACAGUCUCCUGUCCUUGGAGAGCCGGAGUGAGGACUUCCUCUACUUUGCUCCCAUGCAGAAGAGGCUGGACAUCUUCCUGAGCAGUGCCAUGGAGCCUUAUCCAGAGCUGUGGGCCUUCUGCAAGAAGCUGCUCAUCCUCUCCCACGGCCAAGCUACUGUUGAACGUGGAUUCUCCAUCAAUAAAGAGGUGGAGUCAGAUCAUUUGCACGAGGACACUGUGGUCACACGGAGGCUGGUGUGUGACUACAUUAUACAACAUGGAGGUGUUACCAAGGUUCCACUCAGUAAACCACUACUGACAAGUGUAGCAAGAGCAAGGACAAGGUAUCGUAUCCACCUUGAGAACGAAAGAAAGAAGAGGGAGGCAAAAGACCAGGCUCUCAAGAGGAAGGAGGCAGAGGACUGUCUGCAGGAGCUGAAGGUGAAGAGGAUACGCGUAAAGGAGGUAUCUGAGGGUCUGGCUAGGGAUGCGGACAGGCUGGCUGAGCAGGCUGAAGCAAAGGCAGGGAGCAAAAUGGCUGACCUGAUCUCCAGGUCCAACCUCCUGCGGAGAGGCCAUAAGGAGAAGUUGGCAGAACUGGCUCUCCUUGAUAAAGAGAUCGCUGCUAAAAGUGAAGAGCUUAGGAGUUGACUUUGAUCUUUAUUUUAUUUAUUGUUAAGUUGAUUUUCUUUGUUUGUUGUUCUGGAGUCUCUCUACUCCCCAUAUUCCCAGCAUGGAAUAAGCUAGCUAAUAAAUAGAUUUGUCACACCUCUGUUUGACUUGUUGUCUGUGGUCUGUGCUGUGAUGCUGUGGUGUUGUACUCACUAUUCACUACUGUGCUGCAAGUUACAUAAUUCUUCCAUAAGGCUUUACAGUCCACAUUUUCACAUUUGUUUGAGAAAUAAUAACGUUAUUAAUCAUAAUAAACACAUUUAA